AUGCCAGUCUUCUUCUACUCUUUAGAGUUCCCUGACUUGAAGAUUGUAUCUGAAAACAAGAUGAUGAUUUCAGAAUACUUUGGGAUUUCAUGCCCCAAUACAGAGUCUCAAAACGGCGAAUGUCGUGUUGAUUGCCCUGAUAAUGAUGCCCAAGAAAGGAAUGUUCAGAUUUUCUCGACCGACAAUAGCUGUAUCGCCAUUGGAGUUGCGGAUAAGGAUUCUCCUUUAAGUAGUGGUUCAGCUGAUGUGCCUACUGUGACAAAUGCAGCUAAUUCUCAGGUUGUUUCAGAACCAUCAGGCACUACUGAAUCUCCAACUGAGAAAAACAAAACCAGUGAAGUUGCAGAUGGUGAUACCAGUUCCCCUGAUGCAGCAGAAAAGCCAUAUGUUCUUCCUCUGAUCAAGAUCAAUCUUGAGCCCGAGCAACCAGUGAUACAACAGGAGAUAGUCGACAUGUACAUGAAAAGCAUGCAGCAAUUUACAGAGUCAUUAGCUAAGAUGAAGCUUCCUAUGGAUAUAGAGAAUAACAAUGGCGGUGGUGAAGCCGGUAAUGACAAUGAUCCUGCUUCUGACAAGAAACCACAGGCUUCAGAGAAGACAAGUACUCCCAGGGUUUUCUAUGGGAGCAGAGCUUUCUUCUAAUUACUGGAUCUUCUCUGAUGAGAUUUCAGAUUUCUAUUAGGUACUAGUUGAACUUGUUAUGAACAUCAUGCAGAAAUCUAUGCACUUUUUUUGCAUGUUGAGUAGGUUAUGAGAAAGUAAGCUGAGCAUUAGCUCCUUCUACUAUCAUGUAUCACUUGUUUCAUGAACUGUUUACUUUUAACCAUGAUAUGAAUGCCAUUUGCAAUCAGUUGUUUAACA